UGAGUCCACAUGCAGCGCAGUGGAGAGGGGCAGCAGCGAGGAGAUAAAGCCCGGCUGUCACUGUCAGCACCCACAGCGGCCACACUCAGGAGCCACGGCACGGCACGGCACGGUUACUCACAGCACUGAACCGGGUGAAUGCAGCCUGCGGGACACUGCUGCACCAUUUCCGGACAUAAGAGAGCAUUUCCACCGCAGACAGACAGGGACCAGGAACUCACCACGUUUUGUGCGUUUUUUGUGCGUAAUUGGAGAAAAAAAAGAAUCACAACGGGGGGACACACUAAUCCCGAAUUCGUCGAUAUCUAUCCAAGUGGGAAAACUCAUUUUUGAUUAAUUGAACUGUUUUUUUUUUUAAAGAGACCUACCAAGCUGUGCCGUGGGAGAAAGCAGCCGCCAUGGAGAACUCUCACACCAAGAGUGUGGAAGAAGUUUACAGUCAUUUCUGCGUCAAUGAGAGCACAGGACUUUCCCUGGACGAGGUGAAGCGACUCAGGGACAAAUGGGGCCUAAACGAGUUACCAGCAGAAGAAGGGAAAUCUUUGAUGGAGCUUGUCCUUGAACAAUUUGAAGAUUUAUUGGUUCGAAUUCUUCUGCUGGCCGCGUGUAUAUCUUUUGUGCUGGCGUGGUUCGAGGAGGGCGAGGAAACGAUCACAGCCUUCGUGGAGCCGUUUGUGAUUUUACUGAUUCUUAUCGCCAACGCCAUCGUCGGGGUGUGGCAGGUGAGCAGGCGCUUUG